AGGUAGGUCAUCAGUUAAAAGUUUAUUCUCUUCAAUCAUCUCAAGCCCAAAGAAAAUAUAGAAAAAUGAAGAUCUCUUUUUCUUCUGUUCUCUUUGUACUCAUGGUCGUUUUCAUCAUUUCUUCUUCGGGAAACAAGAAAAUGGUAGGAGAAGCAAAGGAUUGUUUUCAAACGUGGACAUGUGAAGGAGGAAAGAAAUGCAGAGAUAAGUGCAUGGCUGAAUACAAAGGAAUUGGAAGGUGUGAUGAGAUCACUGCUCCUAUAGUUCCUCCCCAAUGUAAUUGCUAUUAUCCUUGCUAGUUGCUAGUAUCUUUAUCGUACAACAAAUAAUGAUUCGUCUUUAUAUGAUAACAUAUGUAAACCUUUUAUAUGUUAAAUCUUAUGUGAUUCAAAGAAUAAACUUAUCUUAAAGUGAA